CUAUGGUCAUAGCUUCCUAACCCUAAUAUUAUACAAGUAAAAAUUUAUUGGUGUGUGGUUGCAAUAUUUUGGAGUUGUGAAUUGUGUUAUGAUCUUGUGAUAGACGAAGACAAUUAUGGAAGUGGUAUUUGAGAAAGGAAGUUUAUCAGAAUUGAUUACUGGUAAAAAAAUAGAAAAUAAGGAGAAGGUGGUGAUACGUUAUGAAACAAUACCUUCUAAACAGAACAUAUCUUCCGGAACUACGAAAAAAGACGAAAAAAUUGAAGAUGGUGUUAUUAGUAAACCUAAAAGUAAGAAGCUCAAGAAAAAGAAACUGUUGAUCGAAAAUGAAAACGAAAGAGACAUCGAAACAGACACUAUAAACAAGAAAAUGAAACUGUUGGUCAAAAAUGAAAAUGAAAGAGACGUAGAAACAGACAUUAUAAACAAUGAAGGCUCAAUGAAGGAAAUUGUUGAGAACAAAGAAACUACUCCUAAAGAAAAAAUAAGUAUCAGUAGCCUAAAAGAGAAAAAAGAAAAAGUCAAGAAAUUUAAAGAAUUGAAAGUAAAAAAAGAAGAACUCAACAACAACCCAGAAGAAUGGACAAGAACAAUUUUUGUUGGUAAUGUUCCUCUCACAGCAACCAAAAUAAAAUUCAAAAAAUUUUUCAAUAAAUAUGGUAAAGUUGAAUCGGUAAGAUUCAGGUGUCCACCAGUAAAAAAUAUUAACUCAUCAAAAAAAGUAACUGUCAUUAAAGGAGAAUAUCAUCCAGAACGAAGUAGCUGGAUAUCAUAUGUGAAAUUUCAAACAGAAGAAGAUGCCAAAAAGGCUCUAGAAGCAAAUGGAGAAAUUUAUAAGGAUCAUCAUCUCAGAGUAUCUAUUUGCAAAUCAGAUGAAAAACAUGAUGAAAGUAAAGCUAUAUUCAUUGGAAAUUUAACACCAAAUACUGAGGAUGAUCAACUCUGGCAAACUUUUCAAUCAUGUGGAAAUAUUGAAUCUGUAAGAAUAGUUAGAGAUAGCAACACUGGAAUGGGAAAGGGUUUUGCUUAUAUAAAUUUUACCAGUUCUGAUUCGGUACAACUAGCACUGGAGAUGGAAGAUGUUAAAAUAAACAAAAGAGUAAUUAGAAUUCAACCGUGUAAUACGAAGGCUGCCAAGAAAAAUAAGUUGAAAAAUGUUGUCAAGGCCAUCAAACCUAAGAAACCCAGAAAUACAGUUGACAAGAAUAAUUUCAAAAGAAAAAGAGAGGACAAUGAAAAUACAGAGGUUGAAAUAAAAAAAAGGAAAACUUCACAUACACCUGAGACAGAUCAAUCCUUUGCAGGAACAAAAGUGCAGACCAAAAAGAAGAAGAAGAAGAACAAAGGUGCACUGAAAAAACUCAGAAUAGCUCAAAAAUUGAUUUCAUAGUUACAGGAAAAACUAUUGACUAUGCUGACAAUAUAAUACAGGAAAUGAUCAAUUUUGUAUAUAGUAACCCCUUCUAAUAACUUCACCAUAAUAAAGAAAUAUUUCAACAA